UACUUGUAACUGUAAUCCAUAGUGCAGAAAACUGUCACUGAGUUUCUUUGUUAUGGUUUCAGUUCCUCACCUAAUUAAGUUUCCUCAUUGUGCACAUAAAAACAAACUUAAAAGGCAUUUCCUUUCUGAUUCCGGCCCAGUACGACGAGUUUGUGCCGUCCACCCUUACCACUAAAUUUGGUGGAUUCUACGUGAAUUCGGGCAUUCUGCAUUUUCGUCAGGCCACUGACACAGACGACUCAACAGACGAGGGAAUAUUUCAACCAACUAAAAAACGUAAACUUGAAGGUGAGCCGAAUCCAAAGAAAUGGGGUAAGGCACUCGGUGCGAUGAAGACCAACACAAAUGUAAGCACUACGUCCAAACUGGGGGUGGAUGAAGGAAAACUAAAAAAGAAGAAAAAGUCCAAGACGUUGAGCGUCACCAGCAUGCUGAAGAAGUUUCAGCGAGAGAAGGAAAGGGAGCGGCAAAAACAGGGGAAGGCACGCCAGACGACGACGGCUGCUGUAACGGAGCCAGCGACCACGGCCUCCAUGUCCACAGCAGAUGCAGCUGGGGGAGGCAGCUCCGGUCUAACGGACCCUCUCCUCAGUUUGAUCGGCUCCACCAAUGAUAACGCUCUGAUCCAAGCGGCCAGCACAGUGGAUUUUGACAUAGAUUUGGACUCUUUGUUAGAGGUUAGCGAAGAGUCUCUGUCGCCAAAGUCUCUUCCCCAAACAGCUGCUGAAGCACAACUUGACAUCAAAUCGGAUGAUCAGAUCCAGCAGAACGUUCAGUCUGAAGGUGAAUCCCAGUUUUUAACCACAAAGACCAGCUUGCUCCCGACGCCUCGCUCAGAGCAACUUCAGCUCCAGGCUGAAGCCGGUCCUGUGGUUCUGACUCAGAGUACCCCGCUGCCUGAGGGACUUCCCCCAGAACUGGAGGACAGUAUUAGGAGCCUGGUGAUGGCUGCCAAGACAUCAGAGGGGGAGUCAAAACUCAAGUUCUUCAGUCCAGAUAUCAACUCAAUUCUGCUCAAUAUUGAGCUGCAGUGUCAGGAGCAGAGCAGCCAGCUUCGCUCCAAGGUCUACAAACACCUGUCCUCCUUCAUGCCCUGCAGUAAAGAUACUCUGCUGAAACGAGUCAAGAAACUGCUCAUCACACAUGAAGAGGAAACUCCUGGUGCAGAAGAUCAACUGCAGCAACUUAAGGAGGCCAUUGAAAGGUCAAUGCCAGAGCAGGUGGCUUGCUUCCAGGAAAGUUGCCAAGCCUAUGAGCAAGCAAAGACUUCGAACGAAACUGAAGAGGACAGGGUGGUGGAGAAAAGUACCAGAAAAACUGUUCCAAAGAAGCUGUUCAAAUGGAAUCAGGAGAUCAGAGAUUGCUUGGGUCUCUUGUUGAAAGAGAAACUGGCGACAUGUCAAAAGGAGGGGAAAGAAGGGCAAGAGCUUGAAGAGUACAUGAAGACUGUGCUUGACAAUGAAGUGAAACCUCUUUGGCCUAAAGGAUGGAUGCAGUCCAGGGUGCUGAUGAGGGAGAGCAGGAAGCUGUCAGGCCUCUUUGCUUCACUCCAAGUAAACAAGGCCAAGAGCUGUCAAACUGAGAAGCGUCCAGACAGGUGCACAAGCACUCAGGGAACUGAAGAACUGAAGGUGGAGUCGGGCGUCUCGGUCUCCUUCUCUCCUCCAAAGGCAGACGGACCUCCAGAGACUCCCGGAUGUUCCCUCCUGGAUAUCCUCGCCGACCAGGCACUGGCUUGUGAGCAGCCCCUCACUCUCUCCAGGGACUACUUGGCGGCGGCGGUCUUCAGGCCCUGGAGCGUUGGGAUGGACGACAGAAGUCCUCCUCUUCCUCCUCCACCACCUCACUCGAGCCCAAUCAAUUUCCCUGAGAGUCAGGUUGUUUUGCCUCAGCUUUUGCAGGUUGGGGAUAUCAAAUCUUUUGGAGUUUCCCAACUUAGAAACGGACAGUAGAUUUAACCUUUAUCUAAUUGCACAUUGCCUGAACCUCUUGCUAACCUGGUCAUUCCUGAGGGUUUACAGUAGCUCAGUCCGUUCUGAUAAAUAUUGAAGGAUUACUGUUAAAUUUCUGGACAGUUGUGACUUGGACGUUGUGAGAAACAUGACUCUCGUCUUCAGUGCUGUUGGAUUGUAAUUCACCUUAUUAAAAACAAAUAAAGCUGCAGCCAGAAAGUCUAGUGAAUGUCGGACAUCCUUUUUUUUUUCUUUUUCUUCAUAAAGUAGUCCACAAACUGCCAUGUUUGGACUCAAGAGAUGUUGUGAGAUUUCCCAUUUGACACCUGAAUGUUGGGGAGUGAAAUUGAUUUGUGUGUGGUGUGUUGCUCCUGCCAUGUCGCUCGACACCACACACAGGCAUUACAGGUUUAUCAUGCCAUCUGUUUUCUUUUUUCAAUACUUUAAAGUUUUGAUUGAACCAGGUAUAAAUCUGCCUGAUGUGACAUUGAUUCUAAACGAUUUCUAGAUUCUACCGAUCCGUCUGAGAAAGUUGGUUUAAAUAGCUUUUAAGAUAAAAAUAAAACUUGAAAGCCUUUAUUUUAUUCAAGCUAUCUUUGACUUCUGAUGGUGUUUUUUUUUUUUCCCCAAGACGUCAGAAAAUUGUUCAUAGCUCUGUGUUGGGUGGCUGCAGCAUUGAUUCUGAACAAUACGCUAAAUUCAGGGAAGAUGGUCAGUUGAGACAAACAUUUCUGUAUUUUACAAACACUCCAAAUAUCCUAAAUGAACUUGACAUUACGACAUCACAACAUUUAACCGAUGCUUAGAUUAAAAGAAGCAUGCCUCAAUUAACAUGAAUAGUUGAUCCUGAAGGCAGAUUUUACAUUUGAAUGUAGACUAAAAAAUAUGUACACUGGAUAUGAAUUAAACAAAACAAACAUCCAACAAAACGUAGAAUUCACUAAAUUAAAUAAACAUUUUCUUCAAAGCAGCAUUCAUAAAAAUGGGCUUUAACAUUUUGAGCAAGAGUUGAUCUGCUAUCAGAACAUGUACCUUAGCAGUGGCUCUUUAGAGUAGAUUUUGCUUUUAUUGGGACUUGCCCUGGUGUUUGAGGUCUUCAUAAUCAACAUAUAAGGGGAAAAGACACAAUUU